ACAUCGAACGAUGGAGAAUCUGACGAUCAUCAGUCCUUUUUUUUGAUAUUUAAAUCUCAUUUCGCCUUCGCACUGUCUAUUUGAUUUUGAUAAUAAGAUUGUCUUCGUCCGAGACAUGCCCUGCGCUUGUUUCAGGCCCGGAUCGCCAAGACGCUCUGACGGAGGUUCCAUCUGGGGAAGAUCUACCCUACCGCUUGCCCGAAGAACCGAAACAGGAUCCACCCGACCUCGGAGCCCGUGGGCUGGAGCAGGUGCACGGCGUGACUUGCCUUUUUUUCUGCUUCUCUUCACCUGUGAAUAUUCAUUUGUUGCUUUUUCUUUUCUUUUCUUUUGGUUUGGUCUCAAUGAGACAAUAUGACUCGUUGGCCUUAGACUAGAUGAUCUUCAUUUCUUGUGUGAUUAUGAUUCGGAUAUAUUGCAAAGCGGGUGUGUGGAUAUGGGGCGCCCCUGAUUUAGA